CCAGAAUGAGCUGCUACAACCCCUAAAACCCUACUUCUAUCGUCAAUUAAUCUUUGCGAGUCCAUUUGAAUCCAUGGAGCCGUAUUUUCUGGGGGAGGAGAAGCUUCAGGUUGAUGUAGAAAUGGCGUCGUUUCCUCCGCCUUGAUUUGUUGAAACGAUUUAAAAUGGUAUCGGCACUGGUUUUCUUCUCCUGAUCCUUUGUUUAUUACUUAUUUUGAAUGUGCGGGCUUGUAUAUUUACAAUGGAUGCGGUGGAGUUGCCUUUUCCGGCUGUGGCUGUGUCGAAGCUUUUGACUGCCGAGGGUUUUAGUAGAGCUGGGGUUUCUACAGUUGAGGAAGCAAAUGCUCGGAAAGCUGACUCUGUUUCCAUUCUUGGAAGCUCUCCGAUUAACGGUUGCAUCUCUUCAUGUAGCCCUAAUGAUGUAAUGUGUGUUGGUAUCACGUCGGAACAAGAUUCAGUUUCUAGGCACAGGAAGGCUGAAGUUGGACUUGGUAGGGAUGAAAAGCAACAUUCGAAUUUUCAGGGUGAAAAAAUCAUUAAACUCUGUGGGAAUGUAAAUAGUUCUGUUGUCAUGUUGCCCAAGAGUGCUGGUAAACAGUGUACUCGAAAAGCAGGAAAAGUUCAGAGUACUAGCCCUUGCUCGAAGAGACAAAGAACGGAUCAAUUAGAAGAUACCAUAAACCAGAAUGGAACCGUUGAUAGCAAUGUUAUGUCUGAAAAGCUUGGAUCCGGUCAAGCAAAAUGCACCUUUGCUGAGAAAUCUAAGGUUGUGAAACAGAAGCAUGAUGCCAAACGUGUCAAGGCAAAGACUAAAUUGGAUCCUUUCUUUGCAAAGGCUGGUCUGUUGAGCUCUAGCUCAGCUAUAGGAGGGAAUAAUAUUCUAGGAAUAUAUGGUCUCAAGUCAGAUAUUCAUGAUGUUACAAAGCAUGUAGAUGAGCUGUCAUUGAAUGAACUCCUUGAUGGCAGUUACAAAUGUCCUAGUUUAUGCCAAGACAAAGGGAAGAAGGCAGCCAAUACAAAUGAUAACAUUCUGCACUCAGUCAGAAAGGCUUGUUCAAUUCUUCAGCGCAGGAGACCUGUGCAGUCUCAAAAUUCUUUUGAGCUCGAUAGUAGUUCCAACAAAAAAGCACCUACAUGGCUAGUGACUUCCGGUUCUUGUGGCACAAGCAUGAACUGUGAUAAAGUGGAUACCAACAUGACAGAUUUAUCUUCAUCCAGCAAGAUUCAGGCUUCUUGUGGCAACCCUGGAGCUUCUGUCAAUAUGAACAAUUCCUCAUUAUUUCAGCCUAAAGAUAUCUUGAAGCAGUUAGAACUACCACCAGCCAAAGGUUUGGAUUCCCUCCUGUUGGAAGUGGUCAAGCCAGCAGUGUCUUCAAGGAGUUCUAUAGAUCUACGUUCAGGCAAGCUAACGUCUAAGAGAGCUGGCUUGCCCCCUUUUUCUUGGUCGCAUUCUAUUGGUCUGCCUUGUAAAACCAAUGCUGACGUGGGCAAGAUGUGUACAACCAAAAGCACAUGUCAAGGUCGAUGGGUAAGGAUAGGAAGCGCUGUCAGCUCUCUCGGGGAUGCCUGUGGUUGUUUUUCAGACUUGGAUUUAUUGACUUAUGAUCACAGUUUAGUUCCUUCAAGGGGACUAAAGCUAGGUCUUCCUGAAGAUGAAAAAGUGCCCUUGGUGCAUAUCAAACCUCCUUGGCAUGAGCCAUCAUCAUCUACUGCAAGAUUUCAUCCAGCUUCUCAUAUUCCAGCAGAUGUACAUUCUCCAAGACUACUGGCUGCAGCUCAAAUACUCUGCGAGAUAGCAAAUGAUUUCUGGAAACGAAACCAAAGCAAUGGGAAGAUCAGAUGGCCCAAGAAACCAUCACAAAAGGCCAUGAAAGCCCGCAGGUCGAAGUAUUCAACAGGAAAAGCAGAAGUUCUGUCUGUGGCUGAAAAAUCAGUAACGGGAUCUGGUGAUCUGGCCAAGGUUGCUGACCAGAUAACACUGCCAAAGCCACCCAAGUUCCACAGAGCCGAUGAGAAAAAGGAUCUGGGGUACACCAAUAAUCUUGGAAGAGGAUUAAUAAAGUGCUCGGUACCAGCAUCAAGGAUAUCGUCUCCGAGUAAAUUAGAGAGGGACCAGGUUGCUGAUUCUAAGCUAUUGAACACAGACAUGGUAAAUCUACUAGGUACAAAGCCCUUUUCCACUCGAAUACUGGAGGAGUGCAACAGUCAUCAGAAGACAAGGAAACCACUGACAGUGGAUUGGGGAAGAGGAAGGUGCAAGAAAGAGUGAUUGGUAUUGUUUCCACUGUUAUGGCUUCCUCAUUCCUGGCAAUGCCUGUAUGUUAUUCAGAUUCCAAUCGGAAUCUGGCCCCUGUAUGUAUAUUAUCCUGCAAAUUGAAAGAGGUUUGAUGUUGUAACGUUGUUUCUGGGUGAGCUGAAGUUGAUGUUGUAACAAUAAAUUGGAGGUGUAGUGGUAAAGCUGGGCAUUUGGUUCUUUAAGAAGGUUGUAUAUUGGUCUUUGCCUUGUGUAGAGCAUUGGAUGAAGGCAAUAGAAUUCCAUUUCUCUUUCUGUCU